GGCUGUGCCACUCUGCUUCGCCUUAUCUUGUGCCGUUCCAUCUCUCUGUCGACCAUCAAGACGAAAACCCUACAAUUAGCUUUUGAUAAUGGAACUUUCUUCUUCCUUCAUCCUUUCCCCAAAACCAUCCCAGGGUUCUAAUUACUCCUUCUCAUCCUCACUUUCUUCAUUUCGUUUUCAAACGCUCACCAGAAACCCCGGAAUCCAAAAUCGUACCUCACAAAGCUUUCGUAUUUUGGCUGUGGCCUUAGACCCACCACAAGAACUUCCUAAAAAUAGUCCUCAACGACUUCUGAAGGAGCUCGCUGAACGUAAGAAAGUAACCUCUCCGAAGAAAAAGGCACCGCCGAGGAAGUUCAUUUUACGGCCUCCUCUUGAUGACAAUAAAUUAGCUCAGAGGUUUCUCAAUAGCCCUCAAUUGUCCCUCAAAUCGUUUCCUUUACUGAGUUCCUGCUUACCUUCUUCUCGGCUUAACAAUGCUGAUAAGACAUGGAUGGACGAGUACUUGCUUGAAGCGAAGCAAGCUCUGGGAUACUCACUUGAGCCGUCAGAAAGCCUCGGCGAAGAUAAUCCGGCAAAGCAAUUCGAUACUUUGUUAUACUUGGCUUUUCAACAUCCAUCGUGUGAGAGAACAAAGGCAAGGCACGUGAGAUCCGGCCACACUAGGCUAUUGUUUUUAGGGCAGUAUGUUCUUGAGCUGGCGCUGGCAGAAUAUUUCUUACAGAGAUAUCCGAGGGAGUCACCGGGUCCAAUGCGGGAGAGGGUAUUUGGUUUAAUUGGAAAGAGAAACUUGCCCAAGUGGAUUAAAGCCGCUAGCUUGCAGAAUCUGAUCUUCCCAUAUGAUGAUAUGGACAAGUUGGUGAGAAAGGAGAGGGAAGCACCCGUAAAGUCUGUAUUUUGGGCUUUGUUUGGUGCAAUCUAUCUGUGUUUUGGCAUGCCAGAAGUAUAUCGCGUUCUUUUUGAAGCAUUUGGAAUGGAUCCAGAUGCUGAGGAUUGCCAACCCAGAGUACGUAGACAACUUGAAGAUGUCGAUUAUGUAUCUGCUGAAUUUGAAGGCAAGCUAAGCUGGCAAGAUGUGGCUACAUACAAGCCUCCUGCAGAUGCUCUGUUUGCACAUCCAAGGCUCUUCAGAGCUUGUGUUCCUCCAGGAAUGCAUCGGUUCAGAGGUAAUGUUUGGGAUUAUGAUAGCAGACCGCAGGUUAUGCAAGCUCUGGGAUAUCCUUUAGAAUUGACAGAUAGCAUUCAAGAACUUACUGAAGCUCGGAAUAUAGAACUUGGACUUGGUUUACAGCUUUGUUUCUUGCAUCCAUCGAAAUACAAAUUUGAGCAUCCUCGAUUUUGCUAUGAGAGGCUAGAAUACCUCGGCCAAAAGAUACAGGAUUUGGUGAUGGCUGAAAGAUUGUUGAUGAAGCAUUUAGAUGCUCCAGGCUUGUGGCUACAGGAGAGGCACCGUCGCCUUCUUAUGAACAAGUACUGUGGAAGAUAUUUGAGGGACAAACAUCUCCACCGUUUCAUCAUAUAUUCUGAGCAGGUACAGGACCGUUAUGAACAUAACCGGAGAAUGAGGAACCCCGCCACCACGGCUGUUCAGCAAUCCAUUCAUGGUCUUGCAUAUGCUGUUUAUGGGAAGCGUGAUGUAAGACGUCUAAUGUUUGAAGUUUUUGACUUUGAGCAGAUUCAGCCUAAAGCUGUAUGAAUGUAGGGGAAAGAAUAACAAAUAUAUCAUUUCUCAUCUUCAUCCAGCAUCGUUCAAUCCCCUUCUAUAUAUUUUGAUUUGUAUGCAAUUCCCCCUAGUUUAACAAUGCGUGGCUUGUAAAUAUGCGAGCAUCCUCAACCACUUGUCCACUCUCCAA